CGCGGGCGCCGACGCCCACUCGGCCCGCCUCAACGUCUACGGCCCCCCCACCGUGCGCCCCAUGGGGCCUCUCACUGCGGUCGCGGGCCUCACCUUCCGCGUGGCCUGUCCCGUGGGGGGACAUCCCAUACACAAAAUUACCUGGCAGAAAGACGGGCAGCUAUUGCCCAUUAACCACAACCAGUUGGUCUUCGACAACGGCACUCUGACGUUAACGGAAGUCAAUCGGAAGACAACAGAAGGCCGUUAUACCUGUUCAGCUUUCGACAAACAGAACAAUUCUGAUCAUGGGCACUUCGAUCUCAAAGUCGUUGUGCCUCCUCACCUGGGGCCGUUGAUAUUCCCCUCGGGCACCCGCGUCGGCAUGAGGACUCAGAGCGCCUGCUUUGUCCAGGAAGGGGACCUUCCGAUAGAUAUUCACUGGCAGAAAGAUGGACAGAGGUUGCGCUUGUCCACCAACGUCAAAGUCAGUCAACUGGACGACUUCACGUCCAUCCUAACCAUCACUGACGCUGCGUCGGAGGACGCUGGCAACUACUCCUGCGUGGCCAGCAACGCUGCUGGUGCCGUGGCAACGUCUGCCAUGCUUAUUGUCAACGUCCCUCCAUCGUGGAUGUUGUCGCCGCAUGACGUCAGUAUCCCGCUAGGAGGCUCCGCUGUGAUGCCGUGCUCAGCCAAGGGUGUCCCGCUGCCACAUAUUGAGUGGCAGAGAAAAACUGCUUCAGGAGAAUGGGCGUCAAUUGAGAAGAUAACUGAUGAGUACCAAAUGAAUAUGGCAACUGAAGAUGGAAACUUGCCAUCAUUUACUGGGGAUUCUUUCAGCAAUAGAUUAUCCAUAAUAGCUCCAAAAAGAUUUCCGAAUACCAUGAAAGAUAAUUUCCUCUUGAACACUGGAAGUGAAUCUUUCGAAGCCUGGAAUAAUCCAAAAGCUGUAACAUCAUCGUGGCAUCCUGAAACGAAUGAUGCUUCAGCCUGGAACACAACAGCCGACCAAAACUCCGAAUGGAAUCUUAAAAUAGAAGAUUCUUCGCCACACUGGGACACAGGAAUUGACGGAUCCUCAUCUUGGAUGGACCCUAGCGGUGAACCUGAGGCCGCAAGACGUCCUUCCUCGCGUAAAGUUUUGAACGGAAGUCUAGUGGUCUCGGCCGCCGCCCGCAACUUCGAAGGCCUCUACCGCUGCCAGGCCAGCAACGACGUCGGGUCCAGCCUCUCAAAAGUCAUCACGCUUACCAUCCACGAGCCUCCAUGGUUCCCCGAGCGGAGUCGCCGUCUGGUGCGGGUGGAGGUCGGAGCUCCAUCCUACGGUUACGAGACGGCAUCUGCAGCGGACAAUUCCGGGGCUCAGACGCUGCAGCGGAGGAUCCCUGCAGCCGCUGCCGCAGACGCCGGGGAGUUUGUGUGCGAGGCAAGCAACCCACACGGCGCGGCGAAGGCAUACUUCACCGUCCUGGUAGAAGAUGUCCCCGGUGCCCCGACCGGAGUACAGGUGCGUGAGAGCGACUCCCGACACGUCACGCUCUCUUGGUCGCCACCUGUUACGUCCUCGUCAGUGAAGGCCCCCGUCGUGUCGUACGUCAUCACGCUAGAACAACACAGCGACGACGAAGCGAUGGAGAGCGAAGCGUUGCUGGACCCUCAAGCGACCGACAGUUCGGGGACCAGGGACCCAAACACGGGCGUCGGGAAGGCGGGUGACCGCAGGGUUGAAGUUUUGGUUUCUGGGUCGAGCCUCAGCCACCGCGUGUCUGGUCUGCUGCCGUACACGUGGUACAGCUUCUCUGUCGCCGCCCAGAACAGCGUAGGGCGAGGACCGAAUUCUGGACCCUUACGUCACCGCACCCAGGAGGAGAAGCCGUCUGCACCGCCCAAUAAUGUGCAGGUGGUGAGUUCGAGCUCUCGAUCGCUGCGCGUGACAUGGUUGCCUCCGCCUCGCAGCGCCUCACACGGACGCCUCCUGGGCUACUACCUCGGUAUCCGCCUCCGCCUCCUCAGCACGAUGGACGACGCAAGUGACGAAGGCAGCGCUUACAACUUCACGACGGUGGGCGGUAGCGAUACUUCGUCCACCGCCACGCACACCAUCGUCACUGACCUACAUCCUCACUCCUUCUACGAUGUCAUCGUCAGAGCCUUCAACUCCCGAGGGGCUGGACCCUCGUCAGACCCUGUCAUGGGGCAGACCCUGCAGGACAAACCCUCGGCACCCCCCACAUCAGUGACAUGUGAGGGCCUGAGAGCCACAUCACUGCUGGUCUCUUGGUUCCCCCCGCCAGAGGGCGCUCGUAACGGAGAGCUCACGCGCUACCGAGUGUCGUAUUCAGCUCUCCGCCACGCCGAUCCGGCAACCGCUCAGCCUUUACGACAAGCAUUUAUGAACCCUGCAACUCCGUCAUCACUGCACUACGUGUCUUCCGAUGAACAUCACGUCGAUGUUCGCAAAGUAACUUCAACGCAAUUGGAGAACCUCGAGGCAUUCACCAAUUAUUCUGUGGCCGUGGCAGCGGCUACUGAAGCAGGCGUUGGUGUCGCUUCUGAGGCUUUCAUUUGCAAAACGCUGGAGGAUGUCCCUACGGCCAUCGAGGAAGUGAAGGCCUUCGCAACAGGCCCCCAGAGCGUGAUCGUGUCUUGGUCGCCCCCCAGAGCGGCGAGGGGGCGGCUCACACACUACACUGUUUACUGGGACUCUGCUGCCAGUCGCUCGUCUCAGACGCACUACAAGAAAGUUGAGCCCAACCAUCAUCAUCUCAAGAUCAAAGAUCUUCCCCAGGAAACUAUCGUGGUGUGGGUGACGGCGUCGACCUCCAUCGGGUCCAGCCCUGAGAGCGACAAGAAGACCGUCACGCCGUCCACUACUGAGGCUGACAGCGUUCAGCCGCUGCACGGCGAGUCACAUUCAACUAAACGCAAUAUUAAUCCUUCUUUUACCGAUCAGUAUGCAGUUGGUGCGGGCAUUCAGGAGAUGAAAAAGCUUAAGAUUGUUAACUUACAACAUUCAACCCACUAUAACCAUCCUCUUAUCCGCCAUUAUGCAGUUGGUGCAGGCAUCUGCAUGUUGGUGCGGGCAUCUGGUCGGUGGGUGGAAGCGUGCUCGUCAAUUGGAAGCAAGACGCACUCCUGCAAGCAAUAUAACCAUCCUUUUAUCCGCCAUUAUGCAGUUGGUGCGGGCAUCUGGUCGGUGGGAGGAAGCGUGCUCGUCAAUUGGAAGCAAGACGCACUCCUGCAAUGCCGCACCAUCGGCGUGCCGGAGCCCACCAGGACCUGGACCCGCGGACCGGAGCGCGUCGCCCUAAACUCCCCGGGGCUCUUAGUGCUGGACGACGGCUCACUGCGCCUCGUCUCCCCGGGCCGAAGUCACAGCGGCUCCUACAGCUGCUCGGCUGCCAACAGCUACGGCUCAGACACCAUCACGUACAACGUCUCCGUGCGAGUGCCACCGUCGCCACCUGAGCUGCACGUCACGGAGACGACAUCGUCGUCCGUCAGGCUGCAGUGGGACGUUGCUGACGAAGGAGGCGCAGCUGUGAUGUCAUUGGAACUCGUCUACUCGCUGUUAGUGCUGGACGACGGCUCACUCCGCCUCGUCUCCCCGGGCCGAAGUCACAGUGGCUCCUACAGCUGCUCGGCUGCCAACAGCUACGGCUCAGACAUCAUCACGUACAACGUCACCCGGGUAGUUCGAUACGAGUCUACUCGUAAGCGGGUAGUUCGAUACGAGUCUACUCGUAAGCGGGUAGUUCGAUACGAGUCUACUCGUAAGCCGGUAGUUCGAUACGAGUCUACUCGCAAGCGGGUAGUUCGAUACGAGUCUACUCGUAUGAGUGUAGUUCGAACAGAAGACGGGUUGGCUGUGAACAUCAACGUGCGAGGUGACAGCCACACGGUGUACGGCCUGCAGUGCGGCACGCUAUACCAAUUCCACAUUGCAGCCCGCAACGACAUAGGCUCGAGCGAGCCGUCGAGCGUUGUGACGGCUCGCACGAAGGGCCGAGCUCCCGUGGCUCCCCCGCUGUUCCAGUUCGUGACCAGCAACAGCACCCAGGCCACCCUGUACCUCACCCAGUGGGACUCUGGGGGCUGUCCCAUCUCCCACUUUGUUGUCCAGCUCCGCGACUCCGACAACCACUGGACUACGGUGAGAUCGGAGGUGUUGCCGAGCAGGACGUUCGCGGUGACGGGCUUGUCGGGCGGGGCGGACUACGACAUCCAGGUUACGGCGCACAACGCAGCCGGCGCCACCAGGGCGCUCUACUCCAUCUCUACCCCGCUACCACAAACUGAUGGUGGGCACUAA